AUAAUUGUUGUAUCAGUUUUGUAUAGUUUUAUUUUUAUAAAUUAAAUAAAUUUUAAUUAAACUGUAUAUGUAGUGCUAGAAGUUUAGUAUAAAUUAUUUCACUAGACAUACAACUACUCAAACAAUGAUGAUCACAAUAUAUCAAAUUUUCGGGACAGUUAUCAUUAGCUUAAUGAUGUGUCUGACUGGGGUAAGGGGUGACGAGAUAAAUGUGCUCCAACUGCAAACUGCCGACACCGAUGAUUUUGUAUCCAUACAGGUAUGCACAACCAAAUGUAGCCAAGAUUUUAAGCGAGAUAUCAAUGAUGCCAACGAAUUACCUGUCUAUGAGCUACAGCGUCGGCAGGUUUGCUGUGCACUUAAUCACUACCGCCAGUGUAUGUCCGACAACUUGGACGACAAGUGUCCCAUUAAUGAUGAAAACGAAAUGUUUGACUCUGUAUUCAAACUAGCGGUCAAAGGGGUCGAGUUUAGCGCCGACAUCGACUGUCAGUACUAUGAGGACGGCUCGUGGUUGUGCGCACCCGAUUAUGUGUUUGUGUUGGUGGCCGUCGGCUUAGUUGUACUAUUGUUGGCUUUGGUGUACAUUUGUUGUUGUAGGGCCCGCAAGAGUGGGCGCCGCGAUUCGGUCAGAUUUAUGAUACUUCCCGAACACCGUUACUAAACACAUAUCGUUU